GUUUGAUUUUUGCCACAAUUCAAUCAAAUCCAACUGCCCAAACAUCUACUCCAUACCAGAUUGUAAAGAUUCGAAAGAAAAUAAGGUGGCUGAGUACUCUGUUGUUGCUAAGGCAACAAGCAGUGGUUUGGCGCACGGUGUAGUAAUGUGGUGGUCACUAGACAUGGACCUUGAUGGGGAUAUCACAUUGGAGACGGCACCAAAAUGGGCACACCCCGAAGGGGACCAAUGUCAGUGGAGAGAUCACUGGAUGCAAGCUGUUUAUUAUCUAAAACAGCCAUUAUCUGUUAAGCAAGGUCAGGAACUGAAAAUKUAUUGUUGUCAUGAUGAUUACAGUUUAUGGUUUGAUGUGCAGCAACAACAAAGCCCACAGGCUGCUGUAGAGCGUCCAGUUUGCACCUGUGGUGGUCACACGUCAUGGAGUCGGCACAGAUAUUGCAUGUUGAAUGACUCUACUCGAARUAAAACCAUAGAUAAAGCUCUUGCAAAGCUUGCUAACUCAGGAUGCUCUAGUGCAGUCUGUGUUAGUGAUGUCUCUUUAUUGCCUUUGUUUGCCACUAGUGUAGGAUUUAAAAAGGUAUGUGAAGCAAGGCUGCGCAUUUUAACUGCAUAGUCUGUAAUUAAAUCUCUUUCAGUUAUAGUUUGUUUUGUUUCUUUAUGCCAAUUACAUGACUGACAGUUAAAACUGCAACUUAUGGUUGCUCUUAUUAAGUUUGACCGAUGUUGCUUGCUCAUUAAGGGCCAUGAUCCACUAGCAUCCCUUUCUAGCUUUUGUUUAUGUUUAACAAUAAAGUAAAUGCAUCGCAA